CAGUUAUGUCACCCCAAAGAGUCUCCAUCCUUUGGCAGGUUGAGCUUACAACCCACCUCAUCUCUGCAAACUUUACCCAGAGUUCGAGAUCUUGUUAUCCUUUUGCAUCCUCCCCAAUCCAAGCACAAUUCUUUUUCUUCGGUCAUAGUCGAAUUUCGGGCUUCGGCAUGUAUGGUUUUUCCUUUGCUCUUUUCGUUUCUGGGUUUUCCGCGUUGUUUCUGUUUUGUUUGUAGGAGUGACUGGAGUCCUUUCUUUCAAUCCCUUUCUGGCAACAAAAUUUGGAGAAAAUACCACGUCCUUGUUUGAAUCAAGAUCCCCAUCUAGCUUGAAUCAGAAAUUGAGUAUGUGCUUGUUUUCUGAUCUUCUCCUUUCGGUCGUUGUCCUUGACAGAAAUUGAGUAUGUCUGGCUUUUUCCAUACGUUUUAAGUGGCUUUGUGAUUCUCUUCUUAUUUCAAUUAUUGGUUUUGUUGAAAGUGACGGAGGACACUUGUGGACGAAAGAUGGAAUCUGCCUUGCUUUUUAACUUGAUCUAAUGAGCUGUUUGUUAUUGUCGCACUCUUUUUUGCUUGUCCCUUUAUGCGGUUAACCCGUGCUUUUUUCCCCUUUCUCUUUUUCUAUUUUAAUGCGUGUCAUUGGAUGGUGACCGUCAAAGUUUAACCAUCUCUAUCUAAAGUAAAAUCAUACGGUUGUUGCAUGGAAUUCACUUACUUUCUCUGUACUAGAUGCUGUCUAACAAGGAUACUUUACCUUUGACACAUCUUGGUAUUCUGAAAAACAUAAAGCUGCGUUGGUUGGUUGUUCGUUGUUGAGCCUUGCAAGAAAUUGCCGUGAGCUUCUUUUCCCAGUCAAACCACCUCCUUUGCUUUAAAUUCAUACCCUUGUCCUCGUACCUUUUCUUGUUUGGUACCAGUUCUGGUGUGCUCAUUCUUGGUUGAUUGAGGAAGGACUGUGGUUUGUCCACAUCACCUUUUUCAGGCUCAUAGUUGGAGGAAUUCUCGUGUGCCUGCAGUUUGCACCAUAUAUUCUGUUGGGUGGCGUUGGAUUUCUACACCAUGGGUUCUAUCGGCAAUGUUGAGCUUCUCUUUGAGCAGAGCAAUGGGAUCCCUCCGUGUUCACCAACACGAAGUAGAUUUUUAGGCUUACUUCCUGAAACAAAUAUGGAGAUGGCGACGCCCUCAAAUGCAUCUGUGUCUUGCUCUUCUCUUGAAAUGCUGCAAUCAUUUUCGACUUGGGAUUCUUUGGUGCCGGUGGAUGAAAAUGCUGGUUUUACCGAAAAGGUGACUGCUCGUCAUCACAGCACAUUUAAUCCACUGAAUGCUGUUGCCCUUGAACACCUGCCCUGCGUAAAUGUGGUUCAUCAUCAUCCUAGUUCACCUUUGGUUGGACGUACCCCUUCCAUUUCUUGCCUUCUGAGUGGCACAUAUCCUGCUAACAUAAACAAUUUCUGUCUUGUGGAGAGUAGUACCACGGUGUCUACAGUACCUCCUGCAGAUUAUCAUCUAGGGACUCCCAAUCAAUGUUGCAGCGUCAACCCAUCUCCGGAAAACCCAAGGAGCAGAGUUCAGGCUUCUGACGGAGAAUGUGAAGGCCUGGACUAUGAUCCUGCUGACCAGAAGGAAGAACAGAAUGUCGCGAAUAGCGACCCGAAGUCACUCUCAGAUGGGAAAAAGAGGAUGAGGGUGCCUGAUUGUCUCGUUCUCGAGUCCAACUCAAAUUUCAACAAGGCGCAGAGAAUUGAGUCAGACCAACCAAAGCAUGGUUCAAAAUUUUCAAAUGAGUCCAUGAAAAUGCAGAAAGAACGGGACAUCCGUGAUGAUCUUAGCAAGUCCAAUGCCAGGCAAUCUCAGGAUCAGAGUCAAAAUGUUGAUGCUCCGAUGGAGGACUAUAUUCAUAUAAGAGCGAGACGUGGGCAAGCAACCAACAGCCACAGCCUUGCAGAAAGAGUAAGAAGGGAGAAGAUAAGCGAGAGAAUGAGAUUCCUUCAAGAUCUUGUCCCAGGUUGCAACAAGGUCACUGGCAAAGCUGUGAUGCUUGAUGAGAUAAUUAACUAUGUGCAAUCACUGCAACGGCAAGUUGAGUUUCUCUCUAUGAAGCUUGCUACUGUAAUUCCUCACAUUGAUGUUGAAGGAACUCUCUUAAAGGAUAUCUUUCAUUCAGAUGGCAGCAUUUCUGAUGCUCUUGGUUUUAUACAUAACAUUAAUUCCACUUAUCCUAUCAAUGGGUAUCCCCUGGAAUCAAUAGAAUCAGGAACUGAUGUAAUGCAGUGCUUGAAGAACUGUGGAGAUACACGGAAAAGUAGUAUGAACUCUGAGUUAUUCCAAAUGGAUCAGAAUUACGACAAUAGGUACCCAAUACCUGCAAUGAUGAGCUUCAGGGUAUAUCGUUGAGAUGGGAUACAUAGCUGGAACAUUGUCACAUUCUGGAAAAGAAUGAUAGCUUGAAUGUUGGCAAGUGAGAAUUGUCUGACUUGGUGCCUCCUAACCUCAAUUUAGUACCUUUUCCAGUAUCAGAAGGAUAUGUUACGGUGAACAGAAGCUUUUUCUUCUUGCAGUUUAGGCAUCUACAUCUUCAGCCUGUUUGGUGUAAAUUUUAUUUGUUUGGGAGGAAACGUUUUCCUGGAAAAAGGAUCAGCUGAAUAUUCUCUCCUGCAAAAGUGCCUAGAACAUUCUUUGUUCUUCGAUUUUAGGUAGAAGAAAUGACGAGUUUGACUUCAAAUUUGUAUACAGGAGCAAUAGAGAGGGGUUCGUGCUUCUAGGAUUGGCUGCACAUGUAGUGUCGAUUGUGCUUCCCUUAGUGUCUGUAAAUGAAGUAUGCGGUUCAAAUAUUGAUAUUUAA